AUGUCUGCAGAAUUCAACAUCGCUGUCGCGACCCCGCAGAAGUCCCUCGAUGUCGCAAACAUCGCAGCGGACGUGCUUGCCGAGAUCUUCUUUGUAUGUUCUGUCAUCGACAGCCCUGAGCCUCCCAACUCUUUGGGUUGGGUGAAACUCGCACACGUCAACAAGAGAUGGAGGCAGAUCCUACUCGAGCUGCCCUGCCUCUGGGCCCGUAUCGUCUGUUUAUUUCCUCGCGCAUUCAAGGAGCUCUUAGCGCGCUCGAAAGAGGCACCCAUCGCGCUCGACUAUCGCCGCUGCCGUACCCAGAAGGAUGUGAACGAGUUUGAGUCUCUCCUCCCCCGCGCACGCACCCUAUCCGACGUCGACGCAAAGCAAGCACCCGACUGGUCGACCCUCCUCCCCGGCAAGACGCUCUGCGCCGCCAUGGAAGCCGACCUAGGCUUCCACUCUGGCACGCUCAGCCAGAAGCGGGCCACAGUGCCCGACGGAUUGAUGCACAUGCCCGCCCUGCGCCGCCUGACGAUGCGCAAUCUAUACCUCAGGGCCAGCACCCCAAAUCUACGCAGUCUAACCCUGGAGCUCAACCGCGCGUUUCCUUGGGGUAUCCUCGUGAGCCUUACGGACAUCCUCGCGCUGCUCGCGACGGCUCCGCUCCUCGAACGCCUCACCGUUCGGGGCGUCGUCGCGUCGAGCUCUGACGACUUGCUCGUACCCGUACCCCUGGUAAACCUCCGGGAAGCGCACCUGCAAGGCUACAGCCGUAUCCUUGCGCGCCUAUGGGGAAGUCUCGAUACGCCUUGCAGCACGAACGUCGAGUUCGAACUACUCGACAACCCCUGCGUUCAACCGUGCGAAGCCCUCCUCGGCGCGGCGCAGUCCUACGUCUCGAAAGCCACCACGCUCGGACUCGAACACCGAUCAAGCAUGUUCGGCAACCUUCUCGCCUGCCUUAUCGGUGAAGGAUGCACCAUCAUCUUUCCAUGCUCGAACGUGCCGGCGCCUAUCUUAUCGACCCUCGCUAGCGCGGUAGCUGAGCACGCCCGAACGCUGAGGCUUCGGAUAGAGAGCUCGUGCUAUACCGUGGACGAUGCGGCCGGGGCGCUCCCUGUUCUGAAGAAUGUCGAUACGGUUAGCGUGCGCGGGGCACCGACCGCUACGCUUCUUGCGGCGGUUCGCGAGGGCGUGUUGCCAAAGCUUGAGACUGUCGUCAUCGAAGACAUGAAGGGGUCCGAUAAGCAGGUUUUCGCGGACGCACUUCGUGAGCGCGGUCCCGUCCUGCGUCGUAUGGUCCUUCGAGGUUCGCACAAGGGCGAGAACGCUUCUCAGGAGAACGUGCCCUUGCAGGCUGUUGUCUCAGAGUUCGUUGAUGAACGCUCCGCGUAG